AUGAUGGACACAGUGGAUUCAGGAAGCACCUCCGAAGCGGAGGACCAGACCAAAACAUGGGGAUCCGAUGCUGGACGGAUUAUCCCGACUUCUGACGAUGCGAGCAGUUCUUUACCUCCCAGUGACUGCGGCAUCGGGCACCGUGUCGUAGCCAGUCGCUCGGUUUUGGCGUUGGUUAUUGACGAAGAAUGUGUCUUCGCGGGUUUGCAGGGUGGUGACAUUGUUGCGUGGUCUCUGGAGACAUACGAUCUUGUCUUAUCCGUGCACGCUCACAAGGAGAGCGUGCUAGGGCUCUACCUGUCCGAUGACGGCAAUCUGCUAUUUUCUAGCGGUGGCGACUCUAUGAUCAAUGUUUGGUCAACGAGGACGUUUGAACGGCUUUACUCCAUUUACUCACACCACGACGUGGGUGAUGUAUUCUCGGUGGUGUACUCCAGCAUGAACCAGACCAUCUACUGUGGCGCGCAAAACACCAGCAUUCAGUGGUGUGAUCUGUCCGAGGAAGGCUCUGCCUUCAACCAGACCUCGUCUGGUAAUCCACCCAAACGGACACAUCGUUUCUUCGACUCCAAGGGACCCGAUGGAUCUCGUGCACCUGGUUCUUCAGACGGCAACCAGUCCGUCUCGGGAGGUGGCCGCACUUUAACGUUCAAGCGUGACCAUCAUAAGUUAUUCGCCCACCAUGGAUAUGUCUAUUCUAUGCUCCUUGUGAAGGGCCUGAUUGAGUCGGCACCUUCCGAAGAGGCUUUACUGACAGGUGCGGGCGAUGGUGUUGUGAAAGUUUGGCGCCUCGGCGAAAAGCCUGGGGCUGUCCCAACUCAGAUCGCUAAGCUCCAGAAUAGGGAUUCGGUGCUCUCUAUUGCUGUAGAAGGCUCCUUACUUUACUGUGGUCUUGCUGGUGGAGCUCUCAACAUUUGGAAUCUCGAUUCCCAUCAGCUGGUCAAACGGAUCGCUAGACAUACGGGUGAUCUUUGGUCAGUCGAAGUUAUUGGAGGCGUGGCAAUUUGUGGAGACUCGACAGGAACAGUCAAGAAAUUCAAUUCACGAUUCGAAGAGGCCGGCGGGUGGGCUGCCCAUGAGGGCACCAUGCUCGCCUCUGCCGCGGGCCGGUUUAAAGACCGAUACAUAUACGCCACUGGAGGAAACGACAAUACUGUUGGGAUCUGGGAUCUGACAGAGUUCUUCCUGACACAGGAUGAAUUGCCUCCUAUCAGCAAUGGCAUGUACCGUACCGCUCGGCAGAACUUGAGAGCCCUGCUAAUACAUUUGCAUAUAGACGAAAUGGUCAACAGCCUUGCCAAAUUUGUCUCGUACAAAACCAUUUCGGCAAGCCCCAAGUUCUCCGGAGAGUGCAACCAGGGAGCUGCCUUCUUGCGCCGACACUGCAACUAUCUCGGUGCAAAGACGAAACUCUUGCCCACAGGCCAAGAUACCAACCCUAUAGUAUUUGCUAGAUUUAACGCUACGUCGAACGACAAGGUUGAGAAGACAGUUCUCUUCUAUGGCCACUAUGAUGUUGUCGGCGCUGAUACCAACCGACUGAAGUGGAAGUCAGACCCGUACCAGCUCACUUCAAUCAAUGGAUUCCUCUACGGUCGUGGUGUUUCAGAUAACAAGGGUCCCAUCUUGGCUUCACUCUAUGCGGCAGCGGACCUCGCCCGGACGAAGUCCCUCCGUUGCAAUGUCGUGUUCCUAAUCGAGGGCGAGGAGGAGUCGGGGUCCCAGGGCUUCCACCAGACUGUACGAGAUUACAAGGAUGAGAUUGGUGCAGUCGACUGGAUUCUACUUGCCAAUAGUUACUGGCUCGACGACUAUAACCCGUGUUUGACCUACGGACUCCGAGGAGUCGUGCAUGCCAACUUGGUCGUGACGAGCGACCAUCCCGAUUUGCACAGUGGUAUCGAUGGUAGCGCGUUGCUGGAUGAACCGGUCAAGGAUCUUUCACUUCUCUUGGCUACCAUGGUUGGACGCAAGGGUCGUAUCAACCUACCAGGCUUCCAUGAUGCCGUCCGACCUCUCUCAGAUGCUGAGCAAAAGCGCUUCGAGGCCAUUGCCGAUGUUCUGCUGCCCCACCACCCAGAGAUUACUGAUAGCCAGGCCCUGAUCAAAUCCCUGAUGUACAGAUGGCGUGAGCCCUCGUUGACCGUCCACUCGAUGGAGGUCCCCGGGAAGAGCGGAGCCACCACGAUUGCGCGGCGAGCGAAAGCCAGCCUCUCCAUCCGUAUUGUCCCUGAUCAACAAGCGGAAGAGGUGGCAGCAAACCUAACAGCUUAUGCGCAAGAGCAAUUCGACUUACUCGAGUCGCAGAAUGAUCUGACCGUUGAAAUUACCGGCAAGUCAGACGCGUGGCUCGGAGAUCCCGACAAUCAGCUCUUCGCGACCCUCUCACAGGCCAUCACCGCCGCAUGGACCCCGGACCAGCAGACCUCGAAGCACCAGUACCCAGCCCUUCCGGCACUCUCCAAUGGCCGGGCACCCGCGAAAGCAUCCGGACCAGGCCUUUUGCGCAAAGAUUCCAACGACAGUCUCGCCUCGCAUGUCGACCGAGUGAUCAGCUCAACAACCACUUCUUCAGCCGGAAAAACGGGCGCCCACCGACGCUCCACACCAUCAACGGCUCCCGUCCCAACAUCUUCAACGCUUACCAAAGCCGCGAGCGACGAUCCGGCCACACUACCGGUCUGGGACAAAUCCGACCCGCAGCCCGAGAGCGGACCCGUCACCGGAACAACCUCGCCGUCAGCGUCUGCCGUGAAACCGAUCUUCAUCCGGGAGGGCGGAUCCAUUCCGACAAUACGGUUCCUAGAAAAGGAGUUUUCGGCCCCUGCGGCUAAUUUGCCAUGUGGCCAGGCUAGUGACAAUGCCCACCUGGACAACGAGCGGAUGCGGGUGGAGAAUCUGUACAAAAGUCGAGAGAUCUUCCGCUACGUCUUUGCAAACCUGGUGGAUUAG